UACAGUAGCGCAGUCAUUCGACUGGUGCAGUCGUACUUUCAUGGAAAACUGUAUUUUUGGACGACGGCGCAUUGGACUCUCGUUGUCUGACUGUGUUUACAGCCGCAGCUGGGCUCGCUGAAUAAUUCAUGCGUUUUGUCGCGCAGGCGGUGGAAGAGUAAUCGGGUGCGUUGCUCCAGUGAUCUGAAUCCGUGUGGAGGACUAUUUGGACAAAAUGGGAGCCACGUCGUCCAAGCGCAAGGGGACCUUCGAUGUCCAGAAGGGCGGGAAGACGGCCAACGGCGCCGGGGUGGUGGCGCAGUCGACCGACGCCAAGACGACGGUGCAGCAUGUCGUCAAGGAGGACAACGGGAUCGAUAAGGGCGUGCAGGAAGCGAUCAUGGGAAACGGCACAUCCGGUCGUUCGGCUAGUUUGCGUUUCAUUGACGCGGACGGACCGGGCGAGAAUGAGGCGCAGAAGGGAGAACGUUCCCAUUCCAUCCCGAUCCAGCUGCACCAGUCGCCGGCAAAUCUGGUGCAGCCGACCGAUCCCGCUCCCACGCGUCCGUUGCCCGCUAGUGAGCCGCUGAAAGAGGUCGUCGCGAAUGGAUACAAGGCUCAUCCCGAACCGGAAGUGGUUUUCCGUCAAGAAUCUGCUCCAGCGCCGGCGGCCCCAGUUUUGCCAGCUCCACCAGCACCGUCUCCGCAGCCAGGGCUUGCUGAGGAGAAAAAGCCGGGAACCCCGGCUGCGCCGGCCAGCCAUGUCCAUGCCCAGGGUGACGCCGCGGAUCUGACGGUCACCAUUGAGAAUAUAGAGGAGGUCUCGCUGAGCAAACGCGGUAGUUAUGUCGCCACGGGAGAACGUGUGACGCUGGAAGUGCCCGAAUACGCCGUUUCGGAACCUGAUUCGGAUUUGGGAUCACGCAUUCUGGAAAUGGAUGGGCACAGUUUGACGGAUAUUCAUGAGAAUGACGAAGUGCGGGAACUGACCAAUGCGGAGAUUGCCGCUGAAGAAAAGCGCCGCGCGGAAGAACGCCCGGAAGUCACCCGUGCCGAGUCUCCCGUCGGUCUCGUGGACGAACCAAAGACUGGGGCCACGCCCAUUGUGGAAACAAAAUCGUCGGCUGAUCUGGUGGAAAAAGAUACGGAUGAGGAGGACCUGGUCAGUACAAUGCAGGAAAUUGAGUGGACGGAGGACGGCGAUGUGGUGUUUGUUCGCGGCACUUUCUCCAACUGGGACAAGAAACCCAUGGAAAAAUUGGAAAAAGGAGGGUUUGCAUACACUUUUCCGGUCAACGAAGGAACCGUGUACAUGUACAACUUCGUCGUAGACGACGCGGUGCGGACUGCCUCCAAUAAAGAAACUACGAAAUACUAUGUCGGUGAUAACGAGGAGGUUGUGCACACGCUGUGCGUCAUGGAUUAAAAUGACAGGAUGAAUUGAUUAAAUGGCUCCAUUGGCUCGGCUCGGCGGAUGGAUAAUUUAGUUCCUUUUUUUAACCCGAAGCUUCUCAUUCAGCGAUGACGUUCUAAUCCUUCUUUUCUGGACGCUUUUAUUUGACUAAAUUGCGGGAAUGUUUUUGGUUUUGUAGUCUUACUUUGAUGACGAUCUCUUGUGAUAAGUGUUGUGAACAGACAAGCCAAAUUUGGAAUUUACAGUUGGUGUUGUUUGAUGGUGCUUUGCGUUGUGCUCAGGAAUGCUGUGAAUAUUAUACGUUGGAGUGGUUUGCAUGGUUGUGUUGCUGCGCCGUUGGCAGUCGCUGCGUUUCUUAUUAAAACUAUUUGCUAGGAGAAAUGCGUACUCUUU